CGAGGCGGCGGAUAAGGAUGGCCGGACACCACUACGGGCGGCUGCUGUUAGUAGGAACGAGGCCAUCGUGCGGCUACCUAUCGAGAAGGGCGCGAAUAUCGAGGCGGCGGAUAAGAAUGGCUGGACACCACUACGGGCGGCUGCUGAGAUUGGGAACAAGGCCAUCGUGCGGCUACUCCAAUUCCAUCAUCCUUAACUCCCCUAAACUACCUCGACUUACCCUCCACCCCACCCACCACCGGUUUGUAAGCGCUGCUUUUAUAAUGUUAUUUAUGGUAAUUCAAUAGACUAGAGCCUACGUACGUCAUUCGGUGUAGAAAUCUAUGACGACCUUGCGUCGUCACUUGGGCCGGCGCGGCCCGAAGAUGCCCAUACGUUGAGAACAGUACACACUGUGCUGCACACUGGGCCAGGGGUGCAAAGACCGUCACUGCAAGACCGAGUGAGCACAAUGAUCAAGAGGAAGUGCUUACCGUGAUCACUGGCGCACCACAGUGGGCACGGUGAUCAAAGUACGGAGGUACCUG